GUUUAUCGAUUACAUUGCAAAUUUAGAUAGCAAAGAUGAAGAGUGCUAUCGUUCUUCUACACAUCACUGAGCAUAUUGCCGUGACCAAGCCAUCAAUAAAAAACCCUAACACCUCAGUUGGCACAACAGCUGGCAGCUACAACAAAAACUGACCACGUCACAGAAUUCGCAUUCCGCAUUCCUAAACAGACAAACAAAAUGAGCAAAGUGACAUUUAAAAUAACGCUCACAUCGGAUCCUAAGCUGCCAUUCAAGGUACUUAGCGUGCCAGAAGCGACGCCCUUCACAGCUGUGCUGAAGUUCGCCUCCGAAGAGUUCAAGGUGCCCGCAGAGACAAGCGCCAUCAUCACAGACGACGGCAUUGGAAUAAGUCCACAGCAGACGGCGGGCAAUGUGUUUCUCAAGCAUGGCUCCGAGCUGCGUCUGAUACCUAGGGACCGUGUCGGCCAUUAACCGACAUCUUAGACCUAUUAUUUUUGUAUUCAUCCAACAUGUAUAGAGAUUUUCCCCCGGAUUAAAUGUGUAACGCUCGCAAGUAUAAAAUGAGCUUUCAAUAAUU